GCGACUGACCUUCAGUGACUGAGAAGCUUCCGGGUGGGGCUGGGGGGUGGUGAGGGAGAUGUUUCCAUCAGGACAUCGCUGAAACACAGGCUGGGAUCAGAACUUUCUCAUGGUCCUGGGGAUUCAAAAACUGGAAUCUGGGGAGAGGAAAGCAAACGACCCUCUAGCAGCCAAGACUGCCCAGGAGUCCUGACCCACUGCCUCGCCUCCGUGGGUCUCCAGGGCAGUCCCGCUCUUGGUGCUGCCUGGACACGAGGUACCCCCAGUGGUUCCAUCCACGUCUCUUCCUGCUGCCCCUGAGAGAGCCCAAGCCCCUCUCGCGACCUGUGACGGCCCUGCGAGGAACUGUCAUGCUGACGGAAGAAAUGAAGGUCUGGCACGGAAUAGUGAUCGCAGUGGUGUCUCUGGUACUGCAGGCCUGCCUCCUCGCAGCCGUCAACUACCUGCUCAGCAGGCACAUGGCCAAGGAGAAUGAGCGGAUACUGAAAAGGGCCAAGCACAAGGUCCCCAGGCCCAGCCCUGCCCACUGCUGCCCGCCUGCUGCCAAGAAGACGAAGGAGCCUAGGGCAGAGAGAAGCACACCCGUGCCUAAGCCCCGUUACCCACAUGACAGUGACACGUCCUCAGACAGCUCCAACAGCUCAGACAGCUCACCUCCCACCCACCAGGCCACCAAGGAUGUGAACUACACACAAGUGGACUUUUCAGCUCCUGGAAGACGAAGAAAUGACUCUGUCCUGGACUAUGAGAACAUAAAGGAAGCCACAGAUUAUGUCAAUGUCAAACCAAAAAGCCACAAGCCCGGUUUCUGGACUUUUGUGAACACUGGUGUCUUUGAGCCAGUGGAAUACAGCCAAGUGGCCAUGUGAAUUCUAGGCUUUUUAAUGGGGCGUAGUUCCUUAUGCAUUCUUGCACUUAUUUUGUAGGCGGACUAGUGUUUGGUUAUUUUUUUUGACAAGGAAAUAGGAGAAAAAGUAUGCCUGUAUGUCAGCAAGGAAUAUUCGGAUUAGGAAGAACUUCCAGGUUAAGUAUGAAAACACUGGCGCAUAUCAGUAGAGAAAGUGAUGAAGUCUCUCUCCAUAAAAAAAAUUUUAAAGAUUUUAAUCAACUGUAGUAGAGUUCUGUUUGACAGUCUUAUGAUUAAAUGCCUCUCUGAGCUAUUUAAUUAUAGGUAAUAAACAACUUCCUUAAAAUUUUUAAAUAAAACAGCAACUACAGGUUCCUCUUUUCCUCUGGCUUAACCUUGCAUCCUGUUCCUUUAUCAGUAUUGUAUCUUGCUGAGUAAUCCUGCUCUGCCCUCAGAAUGUUAAAUAAUGCAUUUGGAAAGCUCACCGUUACUUAACCUUUGAAUCUGCUGUUCUUAGGAAAGAAAGAUGACAGAGUAGUAAAUGCCAACUAGCAUCACAAUCUGUUAUUCCAAAAAAACUUUCCAAAUUCAAUCCAAUAAAAAUCAAUAUCCAUUC